UUUUUUCGUCUGCAAUUUUCUCCGAGUGAAGAGAGACAGAGCUUUAGGGUUCAAACAAAAUGGAGGAGAAUCGUCGGAAUUCGCUUGCCGGUGGUACGGAAGUUCUUGUUGGAGGCGGCGGAAAUGUCUUUAAAUGGAUCGAGAUAUCUGUGCCUUCACCUACACCUCCACCUUCUAUCGGUACUAAUUCAAGUGAGGACGAUGAGUGUGUUUGGCUUCCUUCCAAUGAAGACUACGCUUCUAGCUCUGUACUAGGAGAACCUCCGAUCUAUUUCAUUUGGAGAAUCAAUAAGACGAGACCAAAUGCUCUCGAGAUUCUCCAGCUCUCUGCUAAAUCGGGAUUUCCAAUAACUAGGCUGCGUUUCGUCUUUGAUCAUACCCUCUCUCCUUUUGCCGUUGUAUACACCUACGAGGGCAGUGAUCCUCUCGUCUUCUUUGUUUACGCCCUUACUUCGUCUGGUGCUAUUUACGUCCUUAGAGUCUCAAAUACGUCAGCCUAUAAGUCAGGAUCAGCCUUCCCGCUUGAUCACCUGAUUCACUUGGAUGCUGGACCUCACUUGAACGAAAAUCGUGUUACCAGUGUUGCUGCAUCGCCUGGCUACCUAUUUCUCGGGAGAUCCGAUGGUUGUGUCUCUUGCUUCCAACCUGUUGUGUAUUUUCAGAGAUCAUCAGGUUUCCACCAGGAGCUGCGUCUUGACACAGGAUUUGGUCGUCUAUGGGGUUUCGUAAGGCACGUAUUUUACUGGUAGAUAGCAGAAUGUUAUCAUACUGCUUUACUUUAUAUACUUAGAAGA